GAUGCGUCUCACCGGCUCACAGACAGACACAGUGUCCACCAUGAAGACACUCUGCGUGUGGACCAUCUCUCUGACGCUGGUCAUCGUGGUGUCGUCUCAGGUCUUCCACUGGGGUCCGUGUCCGACGCCGAUGGUCCAGCCGAACUUUGACCUGAACAGGUAUCAGGGAAAGUGGUAUGAAAUCGAGAAACUCCCAGCAACCUAUGAGAAAGGCACGUGCAUCGAAACCAACUACUCUCUCAGGCCUGACAAGACCAUCAGAGUGGUUUAUGUUCGGACACGUAAGGGGAAAGUGAGGACCGCUGAGGGAACAGCCGUCAUACAGAACCAGAGAGAAGCGGCUAAACUCGGGGUCAGCUUCUCAUACUUCACUCCGUACAGCCCAUAUUGGGUUUUAUCCACUGAUUAUGACUCCGUGGCUCUCCUUUACUCCUGCACUGAUGUUCUCCGGCUCUUCCACGUGGAUUAUGCUUGGAUUCUGUCCCGCAGUCGUUCUCUCCCUCCUGAGACCGUCUACCACGCCAAGGAGGUCUUCUCUCGGGAACACAUCGACAUCAGUCGAAUGGUUCCUACCGACCAGCACGGCUGUGAGGGCGGGGCUUAAAACAACCACCAUGCCCAUGAAUUUACAUAUACAGAUAUGACGGAUGAAUAUCUCUUAGCAUAAAAUCCUUAAUCAGCAAAGUACUUAUUAUGGAAAGUACUUACAAUUUUAUUCAUAAUCUCACUUGGAAUUGUAUGCAUUGACUUUACGCCUAAUCAAUAUGAAUAUGGAGCAAUUAUUAUUAUUAUUAUUAUUAUUAUUACUUUAAAUAAAAAUA